AUACAGGAGCCAAUGAGCAGCGAGUAAGAAAUGGGGCUGGCCGUGGUCCCUUCAGUCAGUUUCAGAGGGGAGAGGAGAACAGAGAGAUCGAGGCUGUGAGGUAGAGUGAUUUGGCCGGGUACGCAUUUUGACAACAGCCACGGGGGUGGCGGAAAACAACAAUACCCGUCCAGUCCUUGACUACCGUAUUUGGACGAGUUCAUGUAGGACAAAUACACUGCACCAAUACGAAAAAAGAAAGAGGAAACCAGAUUGCAGCGGCUGCUCUCGCUCCAGGCUUGGCACAGUCAGUACCCCAAGAGGAGCGAAGCCAUCUAAAUUAAAAUGAAGACUAUUGACGAGCCGCCUUACCUGACUGUCGGUACUGACGUGAGCGCAAAAUACAGGGGAGCUUUCUGUGAAGCUAAGAUAAAGACUGCAAAGAGGCUUGUCAAAGUAAAGGUAACCUUUAAACAAGAUUUGUCAACUGGGGAAGUGCAGGAUGACCACAUCAAAGGCCCUUUAAAGGUGGGAGCUGUUGUCGAGGUGAAAACCCAAGAUGGAGCAUUUCAGGAGGCCAUAAUUAACAAGUUAACUGAUGCGAGCUGGUAUACAGUAGUGUUUGAUGAUGGUGAUGAAAAGACCAUGAGGCGCUCAUCACUCUGCCUGAAAGGAGAGCGACACUUUGCAGAAAGCGAGACUCUGGACCAGCUGCCCCUUACAAACCCUGAACAUUUUGGCACUCCAGUUAUAGGAAAGAAGUCAAACCGAGGAAGAAGAUCGAAUCAUGUCCCAGAAGAGGAAUCUUCAUCGUCCUCCAGCGAGGAAGACGAAGGGGGCAGACGGCUGAACGAUGAAUUACUUGGUAAAGUCGUGUGUGUGGAGUACACAAGUGCAGACAAGAAGAAGGCCUCUUGGUAUCCUGCUCUAGUUAUCUCCCCAGACUGCAAUGAUGAGGUUGCUGUGAAAAAAGACAACAUUCUGGUUCGCUCAUUUAAGGAUGGAAAAUUCAACGUUGUUUUGAGAAAGGAUGUCCGAGAAAUCAAUAGUGAAAUGGCUCCCAAACCUGAAGCUGGCAUGAAGCCAGCUUUGGACCGGGCUCUGGAGUUCUUGAAGAGCAGAGUCGUUCCCAGUAACUGGAGGACAGAGCUGAAGGAGGAGAGCUCCAGCAGCGAGGAAGAGGAUGACCAGGAGGAAGAGGAGGAUACUAGCAGUGAGGAUGAUGAGGAGGAAGUAGAGCCUUUUCCAGGAGAAAGAGAGAACUUUCUUCAGCAGCUGUACAAGUUCAUGGAGGACAGAGGUACUCCUAUUAACAAGCGGCCAGUACUGGGAUAUCGAAACCUGAACCUUUUCAAGCUGUACAGGCUGGUUCACAGGUUGGGGGGAUUUGAUAAUAUCGACAGUGGCUCCGUUUGGAAACAAGUCUACCAGGACUUGGGAAUCCCAGUACUCAACUCGGCAGCUGGAUACAAUGUCAAAUGUGCCUACAGAAAAUACCUGUAUGGGUUUGAGGAGUACUGCAAAUCCACAGGCAUCAUGUUCCAGAUGGCCCUGCCAGAGAAAUCGGCCAGCAUCCCUGAGACAAGGAGGGGGGAAGAGGAGGAGAGCCUCUUUCACAAACCUGAACUGACAGCCGAGAAACCGAAACUGAAGAAAGAGGAGCAGGAGGAGAAGACGGCAUCACCGGAGAUGGCGUGCAAAAAAGAAACCGAAACCAAGCCCUCCAAGAGGGAAAAGAAAACUGAGGUGGAGUCAACGGCUGUAAAGGAUGACAACUACUUGGAGAUUCACAGCUUAAAAAAUGAGGAUGAAGAGGAGGAGGUGGAAGAUAAUGACAAUGAGGAGGAGGAUGAGAGAGAGGCACCCGGUGAUAACUCUGUUAAUCUGCUUAAAGAAAACAUGAAACAAGACCAGCCAGAGGAGAAGGACAUAUCCGGGGAUGAAAGCAUUAAGGAGGGGGAAGGGGAGGAGGAGGAGGAGUUUGAGUGUUAUCCUCCGGGGAUGAAGGUCCAGGUGAGAUAUGGGCGGGGGAAGACCCAGAAGCUGUACGAAGCCAGUGUUAAGGAUUCGGAUCUCGAGGGGGGAGAGGUGCUCUACCUGGUGCACUACUGUGGCUGGAACGUGAGGUAUGAUGAAUGGAUAAAAGCAGACAAAAUUGUGCGUCCAGCUGAUAAGAAUGUUCCAAAAAUAAAGCACCGAAAGAAAAUAAAGAACAAAAUGGAGAAAGAGAAGGACAAGAUGGAGAGAGCAGAAAGAGAUGAAGUUUCCCCACCCAAAAUAAACCACAUCGGGAGAUCGGCAAAGUCUCCCCUCAACAGCACACCUUCGGACAGCUACUCAAAGCUGGAUAGUGGCGAAGCCAAAGGCGCCGAGCAAACUGCGGUCAAAUCAAUUGAAAUCACAUCUAUUCUCAAUGGGCUGCAAGCAUCUGAGAGUUCGGCUGAGGAGAGCGAGUGUGAAGAUGGAGACGAUGAAGAUGAGUACGAGGAAGAGCAGGAGAGCCAGGGAAAAGAGGAAAAGAUUGGUUCCCUUGAGAGCAUGCACGUUCUCGAGAGAUGGCAAGUCGGCCUCUCUCUGGAUGAGCGCAGACCAGCAAUGGUAGAGGAACAGGAGGAGCCGGAACAUCUUUCAGACACCCAGGACUCUGUGAUGAACACAAGAGCCGAGCAGGAGGGUGAGGCAGAAUCGGAGAAGGAAGAGGAACUAAAAAGAAAACUGGAGAUCAAACAGGAGGAGAGGGCAACAGAAAGGCCGUCCAAAUCACAGCUGAAGCGCAAGCGGAGGAACAGCAGGAUGGAAGAGUGGCUCCGAACAGGUUCCCACGAGCAAGUAGAGGACAGGGCCAAGCCAGUCAGCUUGGGGUUUACUGGCAGCAGUAGCUCGGAGGAUGAGGAUGAACAAAAGCAGCAUCAGCAGCAGGAGGAAGAAGAAGAACAGGAAAGAACUAAAACCAAAAACACCCUGUCCAAGAAGUACAACGGCCUGGAGGAGAAACGGAAGUGUGGCCGGCCUGCAGGCUUCUGGGAUGUUCCGGAGAAAAGGCCCAAGCUCUUGGGCGGCUCAGAGGAAAGGCUGCCCAACAGCCGAGCUAAAGGCCAGAAAGAUGUCUGGUCCAGCAUUCAGGGUCAGUGGCCCAAGAAGACUCUAAAGGAGCUUUUUUCAGACUCCGACACUGAGGCAGCCAACUCACCUCCUCCCGUCCCACCACCUGAGGACCCCAGGCAAGAACCAGCCCCCGAGGAGAUAACAGAGAAGGAAAGAAUUGAAGGUAAACUCUCAAAUGAGGAAAGGGAGGAAAAGAGAGCAGAGUUCCCCAGCAGUGGCAGCAACUCUGUUCUCAACACGCCCCCCACCACCCCAGAGUCCCCUUCGCUGUCGGGGAGCAGGAUGAAGCCCAACAGGACUCCUCCUGCAGCUCCUCCUCCACCUGCCGCUAAUCCUCUUCCUCCCCCUCCUGCUCCUUCUCCAACGGCCCAUCAUCCUGUGCAGGAAGAGAAUGUGGGCGGCCGCAGUGAGACGGACAGCAGCACGGUAGAGGUGGAGAGCCUCGGCGGGGAGCUACAAGAGAUUCGAUCGGAGGGAGGCGGCUCCCCUAUGGUCUUUGACUCCAGCCUCUCCUCCAAUAGCAAUAGUAGCAGCAGUAUCCUUAUUAACAACAGCAACAGUAGCCUGCCAGAGACAGAACAUAUGGAGAAAGUAACAACAAGCCAAAAACGACACAAAGAUGCUCACAGAGGUGCUUCAUCUAAGAAACAGAAAAGAAGCCACAAAAAUUCAGAUGUUCACCCCAAAAAGAGUCGAAAAACAGCACACAGCAGUGACAGUGAAGACCAGUCAGCCAGUGAAAAUGCUGCCAAAUCCCUGGCAACUAAGUCAGCAGCCAGCCUGAAACCUGCAUCGCAGCCCAAGCGUCUGGGAAGGACGCACUCCCCUGGGAAAUUCAGCAAGCAUGGCGAUUCAGAACAGAAAGAGCCCAACAACCGAUCUUCAAGAGUGUAUAAAUGGAGUUUCCAAAUGUCUGAUCUGGAGAAAAUGACUAGUGUUGAGCGGGUAGCAUUCCUUCAGGAAAAACUACAGGACAUACGAAGUCAUUACAUUUCUCUCAAGUCAGAGGUGGCUUCCAUCGACAGAAGAAGAAAACGUUUAAAGAAAAAGGAACGUGAAAGUGCUGCCGCAGCUUCCUCUUCAUCCUCCUCUUCAUCAUCUCCAUCCUCCAGCUCUAUCACAGCAGCCGUCAUGCUGACUCUGUCCGAGCAGUCUGUGUCUGGCUCGUCUCAGAACAGCGGGAGUGUGUCCGUGGAGUGCAGGUGACCCGCGGAGGACACGCCCACAGCACUCUGCACUUAACUCUGAGGCUGAGGGCUGUUUUUAAACUGACCGAGGCACAACAACAAAAAAAAAAACAAUGAGCACUAUUUUCUAUUUACAGCUGUUUUCUUGGCAAGCUAACUCUGCACUUAAGUGCACUUUUAUGAAGAAGAAAAAAAAGUAUAACGGACCUGUGUUAAAGUAGUUCUUGGGUUUUUUUUUCUGUUUUUCUGUAUGUUUGUUUUCCUUCAAGCAAUAAUUGUUUCCAUGUUGUCUGCGGGGAUUUUUUUGUUGUUGUUUUACAUCAACCUGAUAGGCCUUCCAGUGUGGAAAAAUGCUUUCUGUUUACCUUAACUGCACAGGCUGAGAUUAUGUCCAGUUUUCCUUUGGCAUGUUGCUAUAUUUAUAAGCUGCAACAGCUUCCAUGUGUAACCCACAAGUUGUUUUUAUCACGGCUGGACCAGUUGGCUAUUUCAUUUUUGUUUAACUUCUUAAAGACACUCAUAUGCACAUACAAAACAUAUUCAGAUGUACAGGCAUAUUCAUUUUGAGCAACAGUUUUACAAAAUAAAUACUGUCAUCAAUUUAGAAUUUAAGUGGUUUUAGUUGCUCAGUUCAACCACAAAUAAAGAACUGUAAGCACAGAUCCGGCAUGUUUAUGGAAUUUUGUGUUCACAUCAGAUGUCUGCAAAUCUACUGCCAGCUGUGUUACAAGUAGUUCAAAAUGUUAAUGAUUGUUGAAUAGUUUUAAAAGGCCUGUUUUUAAUUUUUUUUUUUUUUUUUUUUUUUUUUUUAGUCCUAUGAAAAGAAUUGACAAGCUUUUUUGUGAACACGACUAUGCUUGUGUUGGAAAAAAAUGAAUUGAGAAAAUGUAAGCUUGUACACAAGCAGACUACAUUUAAUAUAUCUAAUCAAAAAAUAAAUUACUUUCAUUUUGGGUUUUUUUAUAUUUAUUUUUUAUGGGUGGCUAAGGGGGGUAUUAAUGUAUUUUAGUACUGAGGAUGAUAAUAAUUAACUGCUGUUUUGUAGAGUGGACAGAGACAGAGUGAAUAUAGGAUUAAAAAGAGUUUUAAAAAUGGAACAGCAAUUAUGUAAGGAAUUGACUGGAAGUGGAACAAUAGAUUAUUUGCGUUCACAUAUUUUGAUCUUAACAGUACUCAAAUUUCGCAAUACUGGAGUUUUGCUUUUAUGCAGAAAAUGGUACACAGUAAAAAUCAAAGCUUGUACAAUAGUGCCACCUGCUGGCUGCUAACUGCAUUAACCAUGAACAAACUACAAAGUUUAACCCUCCCCACCCCCAGUCAUCUCCUAAUGAACCAGUUAACCAACCAGCCAAUAAGGAACUUCUGAGUUUUCAGCCAUCCAUUAUUUCCCUUUAUGUUGCAGCAGUUUCUAUAGGUUAUAGGAUUAACAUUUACAUUACAAAAAUUAACUCCAGACUGUUUCCUUUGUAUUGUCUUUACGUUGUAUGAUAAACUAAAGGUCUGUUUCAUUUGGCACUUGUAUGUAAUGUAUGCCUUUGUUAUACAUUUGUAUAUUGAGAAGUGUGUUCAAGUCAAGCUAUUGAAUAUCUUGCACUGUUAAUACAGUGUACUUUUCUGUACAGACUGUUUUAUUGUUUUAAUUGUAGCUCUGUAUACAUUCUCGAAGGGAAAAGCAUGUGUCUUUAAUUUUCAUUUGUUUUUAUUCUUUUUUGUUGUCAGUGCAAGGUGUGGGAGAGAAUUUCCUCCAAUUUGAUUUGUAGAUAUGUUUGUCAAGAAUCUUUACACAACUUUUCUAAGAAAAGCGGUUUUGGUUUCUGUAGCUUGUGCGCUUCUGAAAUGGUUUUGUUUAAAUGUGAUUUCAAAAGUAUUUUCAACCUUGUACAUGGGUUGUAAAGUUUUCUGGAUCUUUAAAAAAAAAUAAAAAUAUUAAUAGUUUCUUGACAAAGGGAGGAAGCUUGUAAGAAAGCUUUAAAGUAUUUAUUAGGUUCUGCAAAGGAUUGGAGUCGUGUAAUUUAUUGUAAAAAUGUAAGCAAAAAAAAAAGCCUCUGUUGAAAUAAAUGCCAUAGUUUGUGAA